CAUGCGCAUGCGUGAGCAGAUCCUCGGAGGCCCUUCGCGCACCGCGGUUGCAUCUGUCGAUAACUGCUGAAGCUGUACUUCCGCAGGAGAUCCUAUCAUGCCUUUACCGAAUGGGAAUCUAUACGACAACUUCCUGAUCCAUGCCUGUUACUACCGCCACAUAAACGAUCUCAGCGUUCCUUGGGUGCCUUCCCCAACGGUUUUGCCCAGGGAACUUGACGACGAAGACGAAGCUGCAAUAGCAGUGAAAAUAACACCUUAUUCUCACACGUGGGACACAACUUCUUCUGCAACUUCGUCUCCUUCGCUGGUAUCGCUUGCAAGGUCGACCGCAGCGCCGCAAGUAAAGCCCACUGCCGCUGGAAGAGCAGCAAAGAAGAGGAGACUAUUUAACGCCGUAAAGAAGUUCUUGGGCGUCUAUCACAGAUCAUACCUAGCUAAUGGGUAUUUUGGAUCUGAAUCGCAUACAGAACAUCGUCAGAUCCUGCCCACCCGCAAGGCUUUCACAGGUUGGAAGGGCCCAUUCCCUGAGAUGUCUCCUGGGGUAGACAUAGUACCCUUAUCGGAUUGGAAAGCCUGGGGUUACUAUGUUUCGCCGUUUGUCAAUGGAGUGUUUGUGAAGAAUCAUUCUUUACGACCGCGACAAUUUCAAUUGUUUGACUACCAGGAGAUGUUUGAAUCACUCCGACGGCCCGACCAGCCGGAAGACGAUCCCAUCGAAAGUGAACAUCCCGAACGCUGGAGACGAGGCCAAGAACUCACGUCUCUCCCGCCAAGACCAGCUCGUUGGAAACCCUUACGCCCUCUAGAGUCACCUCCGUUUCCCUGGGAAUGCCAGCUCAAUCCCACUCUAAUUCCCCUAGAUCCUCACACACACACGCCCACAAUAGAAUGGAGCGUUACCCAUCCCAAUGAUAUUGUUUUCUUCUACACGGGUCCGAAUGGACCUUCAUGCCCAAUGCGACAGCCUGAUUUCCUGCAACCAGCAACCUACCCCUUCGUUUCACACAUGUAUCUCAAUGGGCUUGCGUAUGCAAGUGAUCCAGACGGUUGGUGGGCGAAAGACCAUGAGUUACCGUGGCCGGUGACGGUAAUUAGCCGGGAGCAUAACGAGGGUGUCGUGUUAGACGACUUAUUUCAUGGCAUUCACAACAAUUUCAGUAAAGAAGUUAGUCAGGCGGAGUUUCUGGCAUGGCCAGGCGAGGUGAAGACAAGGGCAGAGCAAGCUCACAGGCAGAGAAUGGAACAGGAGAUCACGAUAUUCCAAAGGGACACUGAGAAUUCAAAGUGGUAUCGUAGAUCGGAUUACGUAGGUCUAGAUCUGUACCUCUAUGGGUUGAGACCAAAUAGCAAUUUCGAGGGAUGGACUCUGCUCAUGGGCCCCAGGCCACCACAAUAACAGGAUGAACC